AUCCAUCGCGAUACGCGCCAUGCGAUGCAUAAUAGUAGUCGUAUAAUUCAAAUGUAAUUCCAGCCUAGUAUGCGAUUAUGUCGAGACGCGAUGGUUAAGUGCGCGGUCUAUUUCGAACAGAGGCAUGUUUGCGGAAGUGGUAGCGCGGUUCACGUUAGCUAUUCUUGUUAAUCGCCCACUGUGCUGCGUACAUGUGGUCCCUGAAGUGUGGUUUACUUAUUUUCAAAUUACUUGUACUAAAUUUGCUUAGUAUUACCGAUUUUGCUUUGUAUGAGCAAACCGGUAGAUAAGGUGACGAAAGCUGGCCAGCUAAUCGAGAAAAUCAAAAUGGCUUCCAUCUUUGUCGUUUCCACACAACCUCGCUACUUAGCCGCCUAGCUUCGUGGCUAGCUAGGUGGAGCAGUUGUGCUUUCACAUAUUUCAGCACACUAGCCUAUAGAGCAUGGAUUAAAGGCAUAAGAUGACAAUUUUAAAUGUUCCUAGAAUGAUACUGUUAUUUGUCAUACUAUGUAAAUUCUUAUUUCUUCAGCCAUGUUUCUGCUGCUUGUUUCACAUUACACUAGCUAGUUCGCUUGGUUCUUUUUUUUUUUUUCCCUUCCUCCGGUGGCAUAGUCUAGUUAUUGUCCACGUCAGGGCAGUGGGGGAGGGGAAGUGUGCCGGGCUAGGGUGGAGCCUAUAGGAAGAGAAUACAUGGGCCAGGGUAGAGGUAGGACGAAUGCUGAUGAAACCCUUGCUCUUUCAAUUGCGUGACGCGACGCAGUUACUGGAGUAGCCCAAGACCUAAAUCUCUUUGUUGUUUUAUGUGGUCAUUUAUGGUUGUUCGCUAAAUUUAAUUGAAAGACAGGUUUAUUAUACAGAGCAAAUCUAGGGCAUCUGUCUCUACUUGGAUGACGUUUUUAUAUAUAUAGAUAGAGGCCUACCAAUUGUUCUUUUUGUAAUACUUUGUUUUAUUAACAUUGUUAUUUUAGACCUUUAUAUAACGCAGGGCAGAUAUUUAGUGUUGGUUGAAGUUUGAAGCAGAGGUUAAGCCUAGUCUUUGUAGUUUAGGACUUGGUUUUAGUUUAACUGUGAAUGUAUGUCAGCUUGCACUCUGGUCUCUGUCUCUACAGUGCUGGGAUGUCACUCAUGCUUCAGGGUAGACAUGUUCUCCAAAGGGACCAAGCGCAAGUUUUCCGAUGAUGGCGGUGAGAUGUCAGAUGAAAGCCUGGGUGGUGCCAACGUGUCAUCAUCGUACAACCUGCAGCGCCAGUCACUGCUGGAUAUGUCCCUUAUCAAGCUGCAACUCUGCCACAUGCUGGUAGAACCCAACCUGUGUCGCUCUGUCCUCAUCGCCAAUACGGUGCGGCAGAUCCAGGAGGAGAUGACCCAUGAUGGCAGCUGGCAGGCAGUUACAGAGGCCUUCUGCAAUGGCAGCCAAAGCCCCUCUGAACGCCUGGUGGCCACAGAGGUCCUUUGCCGGUCUCGCGAACAAGAUGCUGAGCCUAAGCUUUUCUCGGUCAUCAGCUAUGAAGGAUGUCGAGAAGAAGAGGUGGUGGCAGAUGAAACAUUGUGUUCUGUCUCAGUCAGCGAUGCUGCCUCCAACGUGUGUCUGUCGGAGAGUGUUGGCCACUGCUGGGAGACGGGUGAGCUUAGAGUUGUGGAGAGUGAUGAAGAGACCAGCGAGGGAUCCAGGCUUGGCCCAGGAGAUGAUGAUGAUGAUGAUGAAGAUGAUGAAGAUGAAGAUGAAGUUGACGAAGAGGAAGAGAGCUCAAGGGAGGAUUCAAAGUCCAUGGGCCAAGUUUUUGGUACCUUUGAAAUAAAGAACGGUUCCUCAGGUCCAGACUCUGCUCUGGAGGAGUUGUUUUCAGAUGUGGACGCCUCUUACUAUGACCUUGACACCAUGCUCACAGGAAUUCAGAGUGCCCCUAAGAUGGGUCCCUAUGACCUGUUGGACAGUUUAGCACCCUCUCAUGGGCCCCCUUCCUUAGGCUCUCCUUCAAACUGUCGCUCUGAUCUCAAUGAACUGGACCACAUCAUGGAGAUCAUUGUUGGUUCUUAGUCAGGAGUCUCUUAGUUCAGAGACCUGUGUGCUUCUCUUAACAUUACUGGCUUUUCUGUCCCUUAUGGGAAGCAAGUAAAUCUGCAAUCCUUUCAGGGAAAGGAGUCUGUGUCUUGUAAAGGAUGGCCUUGAUUUUAUGAGCUGACCAUAGUUAUUUUAUUUGCAUACCCUUUGUAUGUUUUUAAUAUUUUCUUUCUUUAUUUGUGUGGCCAGAUGUUUUUUUUUUUGUUGUUGUUUUUUUUUUUUUUUUUUAUUUAUUUCUUAAAGUCAUUAACACUAAAUGGUUGGAGAGCAGAACAAGAUGUAUACAAAAA